GCAACACCCGCCAUGUGUGCUCCGCAUGUCUCCACUACUACUGUCCCAGCUAUUCUGCAGUUAGGCCGCACGGUGCGCAACAAUUGCAGUCCAGCAGUGUCAACUCUAACUCUGGUGAUUUGUGCCGAGUGGGCUGCAACUUGAUUUGGAAUCGACAAGCAGGAAACCAUUUCUGAAAACGACAAAAUAUGGCUACCGUGUUAGAAGAGCGAAUCGAGUCUCCAUUCCAGCCGGUCCUUGAUGAGGCCAAGAUGCCUUCAGAGGAAGCCCUCACUGAGCCAAACAAAUGGGUAGCCACUAGCACAGGGGAUGGUGCUCAAACCAUCAAGGAUGGAACCCCUAACAAGGAGGGUGAAGGCUCUGGCACAGAGGAUCGAAUCUCAAGCAUUGGGGAAGAGGAUGGGACGAGUGGUGAAAACAUUGUGCUGACUGAUGCCAUGCUUGUGGAGGAGAAGAAAAUGAACGAGAUCUCUUCGCAAGAGGAGCAAGAGCUGCAGAAGAAAAGGGACGAGGCGUUGAUGAACCUGAAUGAUGAGAUCAGCCAACAGCGCUACAGGCGUUUAGAGUUCUUACUCAACAAGAGCACCAUGUACACGCAAUUCCUGCUGACUCGGAUGGAACGACAGAAAGAGGAGGAGACAAGAAAAGCGGAGAGACUGAAGAAACGAUUGGCGAAGGUUGCGGAGAGGAAAGAGAAAGAGUUCGAGGAGAAGAGGAAAGAGUGCCUGGCCGGAAUAAAAGUCCAAAAAGACUCGACAAGUGAUCACACCAAGAAAGAUGAAUGUAGCGCGUUGAAGCCAGAACCAGUUGCUGCAGAUCCAAAACCAGUGGUGGCGAGUCUGGAACCGGAACCAAAAACACAACCUAAAGAAAAGCUAGCUCCUCGUAGGAGUGGGAGGAAGUCACUAGCAAGAACAGACGCUACCGUUCCUGAUGCAAAACCUGAGACUGAAAAAGAAGUAAAACUAGCACCGAUAUUUUCUCCUCGAAGAAAGACACGCAAUUCUUUGGCCAAUGGGGCCAAAGAUUUAUGUGUGCCGGGCAGUCAGAGUAGUGAUUCGGGAAAUAAAAAGCAGCGCGGGAAAAAAAGGAAGGUUGAAACACUUGUGGAUUUUCUCGACGAGGAGGAAUUACGAAAACGAGCAAAACUUCAAAUGGAGGCGGAGGAAUCACAACCUGACAGAACAAGUGAAAAAUCUGAUGAUAUCUUAGUUUCACAAGAAGAUACCGACAAAGAUCCUGCCAAAUCAGAUUCUGUUGAGAGUAAUCUUGAGGAUAACAAAUUGGACAGUAUUGAUAAGCCUGAUGACAAAUUGGGUGUUGAUGAAGUAGAUGGAGGAAAGAUCCCAAUGAGUACUGAUGCUGAUGAUGUGGAGUUCGACAAAACGGCCAUUUAUAGUGAAGCAGUGAAGAAGACAGUCCGGAUAAUAAAUGGGGAAGUCGCACCGGAAGAGCAGCCGGACUUGUUUGUUGGUGGCGUAUUGAGACGUUAUCAGGUGGAUGGAUACAUGUGGCUCAGGUGUCUCUAUGAGAAUGGUAUCAAUGGUAUCUUGGCCGAUGAGAUGGGUCUAGGAAAGACCAUCCAGUGUAUAGCGGCCGUGGCCCAUCUCGUGAAUAUGGGGGUUCUUGGACCAUACUUAGUUGUAGCACCCUUGUCUACCAUUCCAAACUGGGUGUCGGAAUUCCAGAGAUUUGCUCCAAAGGUCCCGGUGAUUCUGUAUCACGGCACCGCAGACCAACGAGAAAUCCUCCGCGAGAAAAUCGUAAAAGCCGUCAAAAUCCGUGGCGAUAUCGUCUCCUACCCUGUGGUAGUCACAUCAUAUGAAGUCACAAUGAACGACCGGAAACACAUGGGAAACUUUCCAUGGAAAUACCUGAUCAUUGAUGAGGGACACAGGAUCAAAAAUUUCCAAUGCAAAUUGAUCAAAGAGCUCAAGAUGUACAAGACGACCCAUCGUCUUCUGUUGACUGGUACCCCCCUGCAGAACAACUUAGCAGAACUCUGGUCCCUGCUCAACUUUCUCCUGCCAGAAAUCUUUGAUGAUCUUGGGAGCUUCGAAGCCUGGUUCGACAUCGACGCCAUUGCCUCUGAAGGCGCCAAUGAAAAAAUCGUCGCCGAAGAACGACAGAAGAACAUCCUCUCCAUGCUCCAUCAAAUCUUGACGCCGUUCAUGUUGCGGAGAUUGAAAUGCGAUGUUGAUCUCGUCAUCCCGCCGAAGCGUGAAAUUUUGGUUUAUGCGCCCCUUGCCAAGGAGCAGGCACGGUAUUAUGGGAUGGCUGUGGACAAGUCGAUCCGAUAUUUAGUUGAAGAAAAAGAGGAAGAGGCUACCAAUAUCGAAUAUGACGACAAGGGCCGUCCAAAAAGAGCGUCGAGGAAAGAAAUCGAUUACAAUAUGAUGAUAGAAAAUUCGCAGGAAGCUAAGGCUCGGGAGGGGCGGGCGAAAUUUGAUCCCAAAGGUGAUGAUGAUGAUGAUGAUGAGUUUGAAUCUUGGGUGAACAAGGUGGCUGAGUUUAGCAACAACAGCUCUUCAAAGAGGUCCGCUCCUGAAUUCAAGAAAUCGGUGGUCCACCUGCAAAUGCGUAACAUGAUGAUGCUGCUGCGACGAAUCUGCAAUCACCCGUAUCUCGUUGAAUACCCUCUGAAUGAUGCUGGCCAGUUCAAGGUCGAUGAAGCUUUGGUUGCAUCGUGUGGCAAGAUGAUGUUGCUCGACAAGAUGCUGGCACAGCUCAAGAAAGGAGGUCACAAGGUGCUAAUAUUUUCCCAAAUGACGAGCAUGCUGGACGUGCUUGAGGAUUUCUGUUAUCUACGCAAAUACAAGUUUUCACGGUUGGACGGCAGUAUGAAUGUGAUGGACAGGAAAGAACAGAUGGAGAUGUUCAAUGAGGAUAAAGAUGUUUUCAUCUUCUUGCUGAGUACGAGGGCUGGUGGCCUUGGCAUCAACUUGACAGCUGCGGACACCUGUAUCAUAUACGACAGCGACUGGAACCCACAAGCAGAUCUCCAAGCUCAGGACAGGUGUCACAGGAUUGGACAAACCGUACCUGUCCUAGUCUUCAGAUUCGUUACAGCAAAAACUAUAGAUCAGAAAAUAGUGGAACGUGCGGCCACCAAGAGGAAACUAGAGAAAAUGGUCAUCCACAAAGGUCGCUUCAAGAAGGGGAUGAAGGACUACUCGGAAAAACUCAGCGCGCUUGACCCAAAGGAGCUCCUCGAACUGUUGAAAUCGAGUGACUAUCAGAGCGUGGUUGACGGACAGAGCAAAUCAGGCCAUGAUGUCAUCAGCAAUAGAAUUCUGAACAAGCUGUUAGAUCGGCAGGAAUUGUACGAUAUUUGGUUGGACAACAUGGAUGACAAGAAAGAAGCUGACAAAAUUCGUGGACGGCGAGGACGAAGUGUUGCAGAUGUGGCAGCUGAUGAAGGUUUGGAGGGAGUCUAUAAGGUCAUUGACAGUGAACUCGGACGAUCGGCAUUCGACGAGGAAGCAAAGAAACAGGAGACACUAACAGAGAGUAAAUAAAUGGACGAAUAUUUUCACUGUCUGUAAUCAUUCGUGUUGUGCUUGACUGUGUGGUCCAGUUCGACUCUGUGAUCCUUAUCAGUUGGACUGCAUCUUGACCUGAGGCAGAGGGACUGUAAUACAUGUAUGUUGUGUCAGGGGUGGUGAAUUCCGACCCCCUCAGUUGUGAUGGGUGAUGUUUUGUACUUAAUUUAGUUUAGUUUGACUACAUGUAGAUUGGAAGAGAAAUUGAUGCCUCACUGGUCCUCUGUGGUGAUUGGGGUGGCCACGACAUAAUCCUAGAGGCAUUCCUAUCAAGAAUUUAGUUCUGAUUAUUGCAAUUAUCUUAGCUAUUGAUCCUGUACAUAAAUGAUUGUCUGUAUAAUGGCAAAGUCUGUCACGGGAAAGCUUCUUUGCUCAGAUGUGUUAGUUUUCUUGGGGGGGCGGGGGGUGCAAUAUCAGGUUAGUGAUACACAUGUACUUUGUUAUGAAAGCAAUAGCAUACGUACAUACAUAGUUGCAAUGCUUUGGAAUCGACAAAGUUAGUAAGAAAUUGCUGAUAUAAGCUGCUGUAUCUGACUGAAGAUGUUUGACUAUCUCUGGUAUUAUUCACUGCCACUUGUGUCUUAUUAAGUAUCACUUGCUAACUGGAACAUUGUAAUUUGUUUUGAAUGCGCUAAUUCCAAUCCCAAGGGCUGUGGACGAUUUGAGACUGAGCCGUGCAAUAGUCUCAGUUCAUCUAGUUUUAGGCUCUGAUUCACUGCCAGCUUGUAAUAUAAGUACUUUGUA